AUGGGUUCUCGAAGACGAGGGUGUUCAGCGACGGUCGAUAGGGGACCGUGGUCCGUCACCCCACCAGAGAUGAAGAUGCUCCAAGCCAUCCUUCCAGCCGGUAGCUCAUCGAAAAUCUGGCCGGGGUUCACUGUCGAAAACAUUGAAGGCGAGGAACACCUCGUUCUUUGUAGAAGCAAGCAGUUAACCGCGGACAAGUCCGACCAAACUUGGGAAGGCGCAGAAGUAAAUGCAAGCCAUACACAUACGCAAUUGAAUGGCAAGGUAGUAGCAGGAAUCUUACCUGCCCUUGCACGUUGCUUGCACAAUUCCAGUCGUUCAAAAAGGCAAAACAUGUCGCUGCUCAAUGUUACGCUGCCCAUGUCCAACCCUCGAGCCGAUACAAGUCGAGCGAGGAAGAUUGACCAAGAAGGAACCAGCGACGAGACCGCAACUAUCUCCUACCGGUGUCGAGGUUGUACCGCCAGGCAAACUCACCGGGCGGAAGGGUAUGGCGCCUGA